AUGAAGCUCAUCUUGGGCACCGUGCUCGUGGCGUUUGCUUUGGCUGAGGUGCACCGGAUACCGAUCGGACACCGGCCAUCGUUGAAGCAGCAGUAUUUGACUGAGGGCCGGCUGCCUGAAUAUUUGGCCAGGAAGGAAGCCAGGCUAGCCAAGUCGGCAAAGCUUGCUUCGGCCGGGCAGCCGAUCUUGGAUUUCGAUGACAUGGCUUAUUUCAACUUCAUCGACCUGGGUACGCCCCGUCAGACAUUCAUGGUGUUCAUCGACUCCGGCUCAUCGACCCUCUGGGUGCCGGAUGCGACGUGCGGAGGUGGUGGCCAGCCAACGUGCGGUCUCUACUGCAAGCAGACCUCUCAUGACAACUGUCUGUCGUUCUGCCGACCUGAAUGCUGCACCCAGAAGGCCAAUUCGCCCUUCCAACUUGCCAACCCAUGCCUCUCAAAGCGCACCUUCAACUCGACCCUCUCGUCGACCUACAAAUCGUUGGGCCAAUCCUUCGAUAUCGUCUAUCAGACCGGAGAGGUCAAGGGAAACCUGGCCACCGACACAUUCUGCCUCACAAACAGCACUUUCUGCGUGACUGGCCAAGGUUUCGGUCAGGCAACCACCAUCGGAUCGGAUUUCGCCGCACAGCCUAUGGACGGUAUGCUGGGACUUGGAUGGCCGUCGCUUGCCGUAAAUAACCUUAACCCGCCGAUGUUCAACGCCUGGAAUCAGAAGCUGAUGGACAAGCCCGUCUUCACCGUUGCCCUCCAAGGCGUUGGACCCCAAAUCACCCAGGGUGGCCAGCUGACCAUUGGGGAUUACGAUUCAACAAACUGUGCAUCGACCAUCGAUUGGGUACCCCUCACCUCGCAGACCUUCUGGCAGUUCAAGCUCGAUGGGGUGAAAUCCGGCAGCUACUCGGCGGCCCCGAACGGAGGUUGGCAAGCCAUUUCUGACACGGCUUCCACUUUCAUUGGAGCCCCGCAGGCUGUUAUUGAUGGGCUCGCCAAGGUCGUUGGUGCCCGCUACGACGACCUCUUCAAGUCGUACUUCAUUGAUUGCGACGCCGAGGCCCCCGCCAUCACGUUGACCAUCAAUGGAAAGCUCUAUAACAUCACCGCGAAGAAUUACGUUAUUGCGGCCGGACCCGGCCUCUGCCAAUUCGCCUUCUUCCCGCUGAGCGGUGGUGGCUUCUACCCGUCGUGGAUGCUUGGACCGCCCUUCAUUCGUGAAUACUGUGGUGUCCACGACCUCCAAUCCUCGCGGUACGGAUUGGCGAAAUCGGUGCAAACUGGAUCUCAU